AUGGGUUCCGGUGACGUUAACCAGGCCGACAAGUCGGUCUUCGGCAUGCCCGGCUUCGUUGUCGACUUCCUGAUGGGUGGUGUCUCCGCCGCUGUCUCCAAGACCGCCGCUGCCCCCAUUGAGCGUGUCAAGCUCCUGAUCCAGAACCAGGAUGAGAUGCUCAAGCAGGGUCGUCUCGACCGCAAGUACAACGGCAUUUCCGACUGCUUCAAGCGCACUGCCGCCGCUGAGGGUGUUAUGUCUUUGUGGCGUGGAAACACCGCCAACGUCAUCCGUUACUUCCCCACCCAGGCCCUGAACUUCGCUUUCCGCGACACCUACAAGUCCAUGUUCGCCUACAAGAAGGACCGUGAUGGAUACUUCAAGUGGAUGAUGGGUAACCUUGCCUCCGGUGGUGCUGCCGGUGCCACUUCCCUUCUGUUCGUCUACUCCCUGGACUACGCCCGUACCCGUUUGGCCAACGAUGCCAAGUCCUCCAAGGGCUCCGGUGAGCGCCAGUUCAACGGACUCGUCGAUGUCUACCGCAAGACCCUCGCCUCCGACGGUAUUGCCGGUCUCUACCGUGGCUUCGGUCCCUCCGUUCUCGGAAUUGUCGUCUACCGUGGUCUCUACUUCGGAAUGUACGAUUCCAUCAAGCCCGUUCUCCUCGUCGGUCCUCUUGAGGGCUCCUUCAUCGCCUCCUUCCUGCUCGGCUGGACCGUCACCACCGGUGCCGGUGUUGCCUCUUACCCUCUUGACACCGUUCGCCGCCGCAUGAUGAUGACCUCCGGUGAGGCCGUCAAGUACAAGUCCUCCAUGGAUGCUGCCCGCCAGAUCGUCGCCAAGGAGGGUGUCAAGUCUCUCUUCAAGGGUGCCGGUGCUAACAUCCUCCGUGGUGUUGCCGGUGCUGGUGUCCUGUCCAUCUACGACAAGGCCCAGCUCCUCCUCCUCGGCAAGAAGUUCUAA